AGCCUUGUCUCUCGACAGGUACAAAACAAAAACUGCGACUGCUUUUCACAAGCUCAAGCUCUCAAGAAUUUUUUGAAAACAUUAAACCGCCAAAAACUCCUGUGAUAAAAGGAAGCUAACUCUCGAGCAUAUCCUCAAUUUUACCCCAUCUUGGAGUAUUAACGUUAUUCCGAUUCGUUGGUGGAUUCGUUUGUGGAAUUAGAACAUUGAAGAAGCAACGUGAUAGUAAGCAUCUUGUUUACCGUGACGAGCGCACCAGCUUCCUAGUACAACUAAAAAUUGCAUCAUCCGCAUAUAUAUCAUUGUCUACUCAAACUCGUCCUCCAAAAUGAUGUCCUCUAUUCGUUCCGUGACGAAGAAAAACAAGUUCUUUUCGACUGCAGGUGUGGUCGCGGCCGUUCUACUUGUGUCUGGCUUCGCAGGACCGCAACAGGGAGGCGUUGCUGCACUGCGACCCGCGACGGCCUUUAAUCGGAUUGUUGGUACUCCCGCCGCUGAUCAAACGCGGACGCAUUCGCUAUGACAGCCUCAGGUUGGAAAUCCUCAAAGUGGAAAUAAUUUGUAAUGCAAAAAAGCGACUCCAGUUGAAGCGCCAUUUGCAGUCGGCGCAUGACAAAUUUCCUGGGCCCUUAAAGCAUGUCUGUCAUGCAGGUGAAGGCAAAGGGGUGCCCUUCUCUCGUGCUAAGCAGCGCUCCAAUUCUUCACCCCUAGCAGGACAAUAGUCGGUCUCUAUUGUGUCCUCCGCAAUACAGCCUUUUUUGCCUUGCAUUUCGUGCAUCGCAAAUUAUUUCUACUUUGAGGAUUUCCAUUCUGAGGCUUUCAUAUUCGCCACCGCCUGCGGCAGGACCGUCGCAGCAAACUAUGGGAGAUCAUACAGCACGGCGUUGCCCUCGGGGGCUCCGUUGUGGACGAAAUACGACCUGCUGCAUGUGCAACCCCGUCAGUAAAGAUGACCUAAGGGCCUUUGUGAAAGGCCAAACGCACAAAGGGUCGGGCAGCAACAUUCUGAAGUUGGUCGACGGGGCUUCCUGCGAGGCAUUUGGACAGUGCUGUCCCAUAUGCAUUGGAAAUAAAGUUGUAUAUCUGGGUCUAGAACAUCAAAGCCACUUUUCAUGCUAAAUGUGAAUCAUGCAAAAUAAAAAUCGGUGUUGCAUGAUUACCAAAAGCCGUCCACUUUUGACCUAAUCGAGAGGCAGUUAUUUCUCACGCAGGAUAUUUUUAGGCAUGAUAGAACUCUGGUGAAACCUACUUAGUAAGUAAGAUAUUUUUUAGUGCCUUCAGUACUUCACCUUUCAGAAACUGAAAUAAAAGUGAAAGCAAAAUAAAGCCCAGUUGUAUAGAAAAAUAAAACUCAAGCCAGAUUUUGGCUCAGCAAUUUAAUACGUCGUCAAUGCGCAGGAAGCACUGCCUUUUUUGUUCUCUUAACACUACCUACUUGUUCAGGAGGUGGAAAUUGUUUCACGAAGAGAAAAUGCGUACUAGUCACUGGUCUAAAAAAAAUAAUGGCGUCGCCCCCCUCACUGACAGCGCCGCCGCAGCACGGGCCACCGCAUAGCCCCGUCGUGGAGUUAGAUAGAAGGCUCCGGAUAGAGUAGUAAAUAAAAAGCAACAGUAAGACUAGCGGCUGGAGACACAAGCUCGGUGAUACGCGAGGCGUGCCCGCCAACCUUGGACCCGCACCCCCUCCCCCCCCCGCGGGAUAUCGUGGAAAAGAGGCAUAGAUCCCAACCAGCAGACUAGCCGCGGUGUGCCAUGAGGGCCGGCGCGGAUGGGGACCGGAAGGGGGGAGUCGUGCACCAGGCACCGAAAAGGCAUGCUUGCCCGCCGCGACAGGAAUUGGCACGAUGUCAUGUAUGAGCGGAGGUGCCCACUGCACUAGGCAGUGCAAGGGCGUAUAGAUACAAGUACUCACUUAGAUUGCACAGGUAGAACUUUGAAAAAGAGAUUUCUCAGGCUUGAGAAAUUGCAUAGUGCAUUGAUCCCCUCCGAUGGCCCCGGCACACUGCAGGCACGGGUACGGAAACUGCCGCCCGCGAUCACAGCGCAGGCGCGUGUCGAAGGCAUUUACUUUACUUUACGCGUUUUCCUUUUACCAAAACCAGAGCAGAAGACUAGUAACCGGGCCUACAAAAUAGCGACUAGUAGUAAAUAACGCACUCCACAUCCGCGCCCGCCGUGGUCGUGACCUUCGUGCCGUGAUCGAGCGACGCGACAAGGGCCUGCGUUUUUCUUAGGGACGAGGGCGCAGGACAUGUCAGUGAGGGGAACCCGUGGGCUUGUCCUCGUCGGUCUUUUUCCGUUCCCCUGGUUAUUCCUUUGAUUCCACCCAGGCUAUCUUUCUUUGUGCACCAGCACAGCCAGCUUGCUCGAGUAGAGCGCCCUUCUUGACGACGUCGGACGUGGACGCGCCUACACGCGCGACAGAAGGACCUCCGCCAACGACGGGGGAAGGGUAACCGAGGAUCGACGACGGGGGAGCAUUCUGCACAGCGUCGGAUCGGGCGACGUACUAUCAGCAUUCUGUACUACUUCCUGGCGACGGUGGAGGGAAUAGAAAUCCUCUGCUGCGGGCGGCACGCGACGGGUAACUCUGCCUCGGGUGUCCUCACAACUAACCGUCGCAGUGGCUCACUUCUUCCUACCGCGGUGACGAAUAAGUCCCCUCAGGGGCAAUCUGGCAUCCCUUGGCCACGGCGGCUUCGGCUGCCCACCCUUGGGUAGUCAGAACGUCACAAAACUAAGAUCCAGCGGCAGAUCACAACUAAAUCAACACGUCGACCGAUCUACAGAGCCACUGCCAAAAGCAGCGAAGACGACAAAGGACACUCGUGGGUAGACCUGCUGAGGGGGUCGCAUACCAGCCGAAAGAGACAACCGGCUGCAACUAUCUGGAAAGUUGAAGCGUUACAAACCAUCGGCAGGCAGCACCUAGCCCCAGCGAAAAUCUUUCCUAUGGUUAGCUUACACAGAGAGAGUAGCUUAGUAGUUAGAAGCUGGCUGUAGAGUUUAUUCCUCCUCCUCCUCUUAGGCAUGAUAGAACUCAUCUCACAGAAUCUGUCAUGCUACAACAUCCCACAUAGUACCAGACCUCAUUGGUCAUGGAAAAGAACCUCCUGCGUGACAAGUCGGGCAUUCUUCCAGACCCAGACACUUUUGCAUUUGAUAUCCCACGGACGGAAACGAUUGCAGCCUGUCAAGCGCCUGCUGUUGCUGUUGUGCGGCCAAGCCCUGCGUUAUCAAAAGGAAAAAUCCCCCCUCCCCAUAUCGAAACGAAGUUUCUGACGCUGGAUCUCUGCACACAAAUCAGAUUUGUCUUGCAGUAGAGGACUGCAGGCAUAUGCCGAGCCUCGGUCGAGAGGUUUUGACGUAGGCGCCUAGCAUGGCAAACGUGUAUGCCCUAAGCCCAACAGCAUCACAAACCGCCUGCAAAAUGCGGGGGGCUCUCUGGUCUUGCCUUCUUGCAAGACAGACGGGAUUUGAGGUCACAAAUGCGCAUCACAAAUUUUCAGACGGAUACGCUUUCAAUAUGGGGUGGGGGCCUUUUUCCUUUUGAUAUGCGUGCAGAAUAGCUGUGGCAAGGAGUCGUGCGCCAACAAAGCCAUUUGCGAUGCUGCCUGCCAUAUGAAUUGCAAAUAUGUCUGGGUCUGGGAGAUUGGGAUUGCGAGAUUUGUCAUGCUAGUCUGGCACGACUCCGAGCUCUGUAUUGUGUGGCCGCGAAGAGGAGCUCCUCUUGGCUGUCAUGCAAAAACGCAGUUUCUUAUGCGGAGUACUACGCAACCCUGAUAGCCACGGAAAAACUUGUCAUGCUGGGCGACACCCCGCAUUUUUACAGUGUGCUCAAUAUUCCCUUCCUUGCGUCACAAGUUUCCAGACCCGGACACUUUUGCAUUUGAUAUGCAAUUGCUACGACCACCCUGAUAUGCAUUGCAAAAGUAUCGUACUCGUAUAAAUGCAUUACAAAUUUCCUCAGCGUGAGAAAUAAAAUUUGUAAUGCGGAUUUGCCUUGGAAACAAGAUUAAUAUUUAUAUUGCUUGACUUCCGGGUUCUGUGAUCACAUACCCCAGACGACAGGUGACGGCGACAGGUGACGCGGAGAGGCGACGGCGACAGGCGAAACGACAGGCGAAAGGAGAGGCCAAACGACAGGCGAAAGGAGAGGCGAAACGAGAGGCGAAGCGACAGGCGCCGACGACAGGCCAAAAGCGGCAAUUUCUCACGCGGUUCAGCGCCAGCAGCAGCAACAACAAAAAAGCAAAAACUCAUUUAUUUCCGAGAAGAAAAAAGCAUCUCUGUUAUUUUCAAAAAUACUCAUGCGCAAAAAAUAAUUAAUUUAUUCAUAAUAUCCGAAGCAUGAAGAUAGUUACUUUUUGCGUGUGAAUAGAAAUAAGAGAGCUGCUUUUUUCUUCUCGGAAAUAAGUUAUUUUUUGCGUGUGAAUAAAAUAAAAGAGCUGCUUUUUUCUUCUCGGAAAUAAAAAGGGCUCGUGGUUUUUUUGUUGCUGCUGCUGGUGCGGAACCGCGUCCAAGAAAUAAAAGCUAGCACUGUUGGCCUGUCGCCGCCGCCUGUCCUUUCGCCUGUCGUUUUGCCUGUCGUUCUGCCUGUCGCCUCACCUGUCGCCCCACCUGUCGCCGUCGCCUGUCGCCUCCACAUGUCGCCGCCCCCUGUCGCCUGGGGUGUCUGAUUACAGUUACAGAACCCGGGCGCCUCGUCAGAUUCGUUUUUUCUUCUCAGAAAUAAACCAUAAAGCCGCGACCCCCGCUGCAGCAAAGAAGUUCGAAUCUAUUUCGAGCAUGUUUGCCAGGCGCAACGAGUAACUUUUUGCGCAGCUCUUUAUUUUUCAAAAAUAGAAAAGCCCUCCGGGUUCUGGUAACGCAUACCCUCCGACACACAGGGUGACCACGACAGGUGACCGCGACAGGUGGCCGCGAGAGGUGGCCGCGACAUUUGUCUGCGGCAGGUGGCCACGACAGGCAAACACCCUCCCCCCAAUAGCGCGCCGCGAACUAAGUCACUAGCUACGCGCGCCGCGCCUGGUGUGAGGCGGGGGGCGGACGUUCCUGGCGAAGAAUUCCUACGCCGCGUCCUGCGGGUGGGAGCCAAGGCAGGGGCGUAGAAAUUCCAUACCGCCCCGGAAAAAAAAUCCGGUCCCAAGGUUGCUUUUGCGCAACACAGAUCGGAGAUUUCUUCCCCCGGGCGGUAUGGACUUUCUACGCCGCGUCCAGCGGGCUCCAGGGUAGGGGCGUAGAAAUUCCAUACCGCCCUGGAAAAGAAAUCCGGUCCCAAAGUUGCUUUUGCGCAACACAGAUCGGGCAUUUCUUUUCCCGGGCCACGGUAUGGACUUUCUACGCCGCGUCCUGCGGGAGCCAGGGAAGGGGCGUAGAAAUUCCAUAUCGCCCUGGAAAAGAAAUCCCGUCCCAGCGUUGCUUUUGCGCAACACAGAUCGGAGAUUUCUUUCCCCGGGCGGUAUGGACUUUCUGCGCCGCGUCCUGCGGGAGCCGGGGCAGGGGCGUAGAAAUUCCCUACCGUCCUGGGAAAGGAAUCCGGCCCCGAAGUUGCUUGCGCGCAACACAGGUCGGAGAUUUCUUUUCCCGGGCGGUAUGGACUUUCUACGGCGCGUCCUUCGGGAGCCAGGGAUGGGGCGUAGAAAUUCUAUACCGCCCUGGAAAAGAAAUCCCGUCUCAAAGUUGCUUUUGCGCAACGCAGAUCGGAGAUUUCUUUCCCCGCACGGUAUGGACUUUCUACGCCGCGCCCUGCGGGAGCCGGGGCCGGAGCGUAGAAAUUCCAUACCGUCCUGGGAAAGGAAUCCGGCCCCGAAGUUGCUUUCGCGCAACACAGAUCGGAGAUAUCUUUUCCCGGGCGGUAUGGACUUUCUACGCCGCGUCCUGCGGGAGCCAGGGAAGGGGCGUAGAAAUUCCAUACCGCCCUGGAAAAGAAAUCCCGUCCCAAAGUUGCUUUUGCGCAACACAGAUCGGAGAUUUCUUUCCCCGGGCGGUAUGGACUUUCUACGCCGCGUCCUGCGGGAGCCGGGGCAGGAGCGUAGAAAUUCCAUACCGUCCUGGGAAAGGAAUCCGGCCCCGAAGUUGCUUUCGCGCAACACAGAUCGGAGAUUUCUUUUCCCGGGCGGUAUGGACUUUCUACGCCGCGUCCUGCGGGAGCCAGGGAAGGGGCGUAGAAAUUCCAUACCGCCCUGGAAAAGAAAUCCCGUCCCAAAGUUGCUUUUGCGCAACACAGAUCGGAGAUUUCUUUCCCCGGGCGGUAUGGACUUUCUACGCCGCGUCCUGCGGGAGCCGGGGCAGGAGCGUAGAAAUUCCAUACCGUCCUGGGAAAGGAAUCCGGCCCCGAAGUUGCUUUCGCGCAACACAGAUCGGAGAUUUCUUUUCCCGGGCGGUAUGGACUUUCUACGCCGCGUCCUGCGGGAGCCAGGGAAGGGGCGUAGAAAUUCCAUACCGCCCUGGAAAAGAAAUCCCGUCCCAAAGUUGCUUUUGCGCAACACAGAUCGGAGAUUUCUUUCCCCGGGCGGUAUGGACUUUCUACGCCGCGUCCUGCGGGAGCCGGGGCAGGAGCGUAGAAAUUCCAUACCGUCCUGGGAAAGGAAUCCGGCCCCGAAGUUGCUUUCGCGCAACACAGAUCGGAGAUUUUUUUUCCCGGGCGGUAUGGACUUUCUACGCCGCGUCCUGCGGGAGCCAGGGAAGGGGCGGAGAAAUUCCAUACCGCCCGGGAAAAGAAAUCCCGUCCCACAGUUGCUUUUGCGCAACACAGAUCGGAGAUUUCUUUCCCCGAGCGGUAUGGACUUUCUACGCCGCGUCCUGCGGGAGCCGGGGCAGGAGCGUAGAAAUUCCAUACCGUCCUGGGAAAGGAAUCCGGCCCCGAAGUUGCUUUCGCGCAACACAGAUCGGAGAUUUCUUUUCCCGGGCGGUAUGGACUUUCUACGCCGCGUCCUGCGGGAGCCAGGGAAGGGGCGGAGAAAUUCCAUACCGCCCGGGAAAAGAAAUCCCGUCCCACAGUUGCUUUUGCGCAACACAGAUCGGAGAUUUCUUUCCCCGAGCGGUAUGGACUUUCUACGCCGCGUCCUGCGGGAGCCGGGGCAGGAGCGUAGAAAUUCCAUACCGUCCUGGGAAAGGAAUCCGGCCCCGAAGUUGCUUUCGCGCAACACAGAUCGGAGAUUUCUUUUCCCGGGCGGUAUGGACUUUCUACGCCGCGUCCUGCGGGAGCCAGGGAAGGGGCGGAGAAAUUCCAUACCGCCCGGGAAAAGAAAUCCCGUCCCACAGUUGCUUUUGCGCAACACAGAUCGGAGAUUUCUUUCCCCGAGCGGUAUGGACUUUCUACGCCGCGUCCUGCGGGAGCCGGGGCAGGAGCGUAGAAAUUCCAUACCGUCCUGGGAAAGGAAUCCGGCCCCGAAGUUGCUUUCGCGCAACACAGAUCGGAGAUUUCUUUUCCCGGGCGGUAUGGACUUUGUUCGCCGCGUCCUGCGGGAGCCACCCAGGGAAGGGGCGUAGAAAUUCCAUACCGCCGUGGAAAAGAAAUCCCGUCCCAAAGUUGUUUUUGCGCAACACAAGUCGGGGACUUCUUUCCCCGUGCGGUAUGGAAUUUCUACGCUGCGCCCUGCGGGAGCCGGGGCAGAAGCGUAGAAAUUCCAUACCGUCCUGGGAAAGGAAUCCGGCCCCGUAGUUGCUUUCGCGCAACACAGAUCGGAGAUUUCUUUUCCCGGGCGGUAUGGACUUUCUAUGCCGCAUCCUGCGGGAGCCAGGGAAGGGGCGUAGAAAUUCCAUAGCGCCCGGGAAAAGAAAUCCUUCCCGUCCCAAAGUUGCUUUUGCGCAACACAGAGAGAUCGGAGAUUUCUUUCCCCGAGCGGUAUGGACUUUCUACGCCGCGUCCUGUGGGAGCCUGCCGGGGCAGGAGCGUAGAAAUUCCAUACCGUCCUGGGAAAGGAAUCCGGCCCCCGAGUUGCUUUCGCGCAACACAGAUCGGAGAUUUCUUUUCCCGGGCGGUAUGGACUUUCCACGCCGCGUCCUGCGGGAGCCAGGGAAGGGGCGUAGAAAUUCCAUACCGCCCCGGAAAAGAAAUCCGGUCCCGACGUUGCUUUUGCGCAACAAAGAGCAGAGAUUUCUUUCCCCGGGCGGUAUGGACUUUCUACGCCGCGUCCUGCGGGAGCCCAGGCGAGGGUGUAGAAAUUCCGCGCCGCCCCUGGAAAAGAUAUUCCCUCGCAAGGCUGCGACUGUGGAAUACAGAGCGGACAUUUCUUUUUCCGGGCUAUCACAACGGUAAAUGAAUCACAUUACAAAUGAAUCACCAUACGGAAAAAAAAAACUUUCCAUGUACCGCAGUGCAUGGCCCGGCUCGCACGCAUAAGGAAGCGCCCAAUAUAUACAACCAAAUAACCUGAGACACAGCGACGCUCCCCAGGAAGGUCGCGCCUUUCUCGAUAAGGUUUGCGCUAUUUGGUUGGUGGCUACGGGGAACGAACGCAAUGGCCAGGAGUGGAUGCUGGGGGCAUCGUGCCUGAAUAGCUUGCAAACAACUCGGGGGAAGCAUUCGCAACCCAAAAUACCAAGCACAAGCCCACUGCUAAAGAUAGGAAAAGCGACACCAUAAAAAUGAAGUGAUUACACCUCCAUACCUUCAGGCGUAGCGCCCCGAGGGUGUCGGAUUUUCUGAAAAAAGAUCAACUUUUGCCAAAAAUUCAUCUCUUUCGAAGCAAAAAAAGAGGCGUAAUCUCCUUGCGUUUUGUAGCUAUCAAUUAGCCCUAUGAUUCAUUUGACUCCUCCCGCUUAGUAUCUGCUUGAAUCACCCCUGCAAAAAGCCGCGAUUUUUGGCAUCAAAUUGAUGCCCGAAGCACGACUUUUUCGCGUCAAAUCACCCUAGCAGAUAAUAAGUGGGUUUGGCUUUUUUUUGGUCUGAAACAGGCUGCACGUCUCAAGUUAGUACACCUCCACUGCUCCACUUCUGCCACUUGGUAACAGUAGAGUAGGGCAAAAGUAAGAAUAGUGCGCCAAUAGCACCAUGCGGGGUAGCAUUAUGCACCACGGUAUGAUGCUUUGGGGCUGGUCUUGGGGUAUCUUCUAUGGCAUCUUCUGCGCACUACGUCUCGCAGUCUUCUCCUUACCAAAAUGCGACGCCUGGGGCUUUUGGUCGCAGCCUUCUCAAGCAUUCGCCCACUGCAAUCUACCGACCAGCUGUGUCUGGCGCGGGGAAAAAAGCUGCAGGCGCUACGGCAGUUGGGGACGCUCCGAAUUUUUUUUUUUUCGACCCUAUGACUCUUUUGAAAGUGAUUCACUUUCUCCUUUGAUACGGGCGGUAUGGAAUUUCUACGCCAUCGCCUUGGCUCCUGCAGGAGGCGGCGUAGAAAUUCCCUACCAUCCUGAAGACGAAGUCUCCGAUCUGUAUUGCACAAAAGCAGUGCUGCAAUCGAGUUUCUUUUUCAGCGGCGGCUUCGAAUUUCUACGCCAUCGCCUUGGCUCCUGCAGGAGGCGGCGUAGAAAUUCCAUACCGCCAUGAGAGGGAAGUCUCCGACCUGUGAUGCACAAAGGCAACUUCAACUUUGAGACCGGACUGCUUUUCCCGGGGUGGUUUCGAAUUGUCCGCCCCGCUGCCGAAGGAACACCCUGCGCCCGGCUGUAGCGCUUCGCGCACUAAGCCACUAUGCGCGCCCCUGAUGCGAGGCGAGGCCGAGGGGCGGACACUGUCCGCACUGAUGCCGAACACCCUUCCCCCACUACCGCUUUGCGAACUAAGCCACUGCGCGCGCGCCUGAUGUGAGGCGAGGGGCGGACUCUGUCCGCCGCGAUGCCGAGCAAUGUUCUCCCACUCGCGCCACUAGGGAUGCGCACAAGGCCCCAGCGUGGGGACCCUGUCCCCACGCGUGGACCUUGUUUGUAAUGCAAGACUUGCAUUUAUACGAAUACGAUACUUCUGCACAGGAUACCUGACGCGCCGGACUAUCUGGAUGAUGAAGCUCCGUAUGGGUGUGUCAAGAUCGGAAUCGUCAAAGUUGAAAUAGUUUGUCAUGCAUAAAGUGCAGCGCAGAAGUUGCCUCUGUUGCAGAGGACGCAAGGGAGGCAGAUUGUAGUGCUGGUAAGGGUCGUCGAGAAUGGGGCGGGUGAUUAGCAUCACAGAGGGGAGCCCGUUUGCCCUAAACAGCAUGACAAACUGGCUUCCGGUACGGACAAAAUUUCUCAUGCAUCGACUAGAAACUGCGGGCCCAACUGGUAUCGAUUUCAUGCAUUACAAGUUAUUUCAACUUUGUCGACUUCAAUCCUGACACUUCCAUACUCCGGAAGUCUGCUUGUGGUGUGCGAAGCCUCAGGAGAAGUUAUCAAGAACAAAAAUCCCCCCUCCCCAUAUCAAAACGGAAAUCUGUGAUGCAGAUUUGUGGCCACAAAUCAGCUCUGUGAUGCUAGAAGGCAAAAGAUGCUGACUGUAGUGCUACCUAGCGUGGGAAAGUAUUGCAUCUCCAGCAUGACAAGAGGCAACUGGAAGUGGGAAGCAGCAUGACAAAUUGCCUGCAAUUCAGGCCACAACUGCGUCUCUUGGCCUUCUAGCAAUACAAGUCGACUUGCGUACUCAAAUACAGCAUCACAAAUUUCGUUUCCGAUAUGGGGAGGGGGGAUUUUUCUUUUUGAUAGAAGUGUUCGAAUUUUUGGUCGACGAAGUGCACUACCGCUGGCAUGGGCCAGGCAAGCCUCGGUUUGGUAUCUUGAGUAAAUAAGACUUCAUUUACCCGGCGGCGGCCCACAUCUUGUUCUGUAGAUCAUCUGAUGUCCAAUAAGUAGAAGUCAUACAUAGAGAUGAUCUAAUAUUCUAUGCAUGCUUUUAAGUAUAAUUCAGGUGCACCAGCCUGCUCGUGAUGAGGAGCGUUUUGUUCUUUCUGAUGCCAGCGUAGUUGAUGUAAAAACUCUAACUUGUCAUACACGACCAGCAGCCUCCAACCCUGAGAAAUACUUUUAAGCUGUGGGGCCGUUGUGGUAGCGUGGGGAUGUUUUUGCACAGGAUAUCGUGCUGCCGAGCAUAACCCGGACAACCAGUGUCUUCAGUGGGGAGAUGUGACUGCUUUCAAAAUCCCUGAGCUAUCAAAUGCAAAUAUCGACGAUCUGGGUCAUCUGGAAGGAUGCAAGUGCAACGACCGAUGAUGCAGCUGCAUCUGGAUGCUACAAAAAUCUGUAAUAUUGCAUGAACAGCAUCAGCAAAAGAGGUCCAGGAGUUUUUGCCACGGCGAGAGGGCAACAUGUCUCAUGCAGUAUAGGCAACAGCUACAUCAGGAAGCCCUGCGCAUAAAAUCUGUGAUGCCAGAGCAUGCAUGCAUCACUCCACAGACAUCAGGAGUGAUCAUGCAAAAUGGAUGCAUGACAAACCUUGCACCAUCUUCCUUCCAGACCCAGAUCAUCGAUAUUUGCAUUUGAUAUGAGCACGUUUUCAAUAACCAGCACUGGGCGCCCUGUACGGCUAUCAACUGUAAAAAUGUCUGGGUCUGGAAGAUUGCUACAUUUGUCAUGCUUGUCUGACAUGACUCAAGAAUCUGUGAUGCAUGGGCACGCAGUUGUCGUCUUACCUGUCAUGUUGGAAGGCUAAGGGCUGGGCGUCCCCUCGUAAAUUAAUUCGACAAACAGUAGCCUCAUACCCGGUAAACUCUAGAAGAAAUUAUUGGACAACGCGAUUUCUAUCGAAAGACAAGCACAACAGCAUCUGGGACGGCCGCGACGACAGCUGUGUGGGUAUCUGGAUAGAAAUAGCCCUGUGCAAAAACUUUUCCUAGCACCGAGGGAUUAAAAGAAAAGUAAAAAACGAUGAAAAACAACAACUAAGACACAGUCCCACCUACGUCGAAAAAAUCACCCUAAAAGGUGGUAGCACCAGUAGUAUCAGUAAAGGUGUCCUGAACACGAGAGUGUGCGGGUGAAGACAAAACCCUAGGACAGCAUGCAAAAGGCCAACGAAACCGGACGUGGAGACCGUCCGAACAACAGCACCAGGGCGGGCCUGGGCGGAAAAUGCAUGACAAACACCGGAAGUCGAAACAGAUCAUGACAAGGAAAGGCCAUAAUGAUACUAAAGGUGGCACCAGGGUGGAAAAAUAAAUGAUGGCCUUGUUCGUCUCCUUGGUCUCGUUCCCACAGCCCCAGGAAAGGCUAAAGUAAUUUUUUAAAAAAUAAUAAAGCUUUACUCUACGCGCGCAUAAAUUACUUUGUCUAGACCGGUCGAUCCACUUCUGCCUGUACCGUCUCUAUUCCGUUUUCUCUACCACCCUAAGAAGUGGCGAUCAUAUGCAUAGCAUGCCUAGAACAAGGGCCCACUAUGACGCGUCGUCAGGGCGCAAGCUAAGUUUUCAUUCCCAGUCGUCUUACCUGUCAUGCAAAAACGCAGUUUGCCAUGCGGAACACGCAACACACAGGGGCCCAAAAAUUUGCCAUGCUUGGCUUCGUAUUGCAGUGGAACUCUCAUUCACUCUUAGCAUCACAAGUUUCCAGACCCAGACAUAUUUGCAAUGCAUAACGGAGCACACUGUGCAAGAAGGCUAUGAAAGCCUCAGAAUGGAAAUCCUCAAAGUGGAAAUAAUUUGUGAUGCAUGAAAUGCAAGGCAAAAAAGACUGUAUUGCAGAGGACACAAUGGAGGCCGACUAUUGUCCUGCUAGGGGUGAAGAAUUGGGCUGCUGAUCAGCACGACAGAAGGGCACCCCUUUGCCUAACUAGCAUGACAGACACGUUUUGAGUGCCCGGGAAAUUUGUCAUGCGCCGACUACAAAUGGCGCUUCAACUGGAGUUGUUUUUUUGCAUUACAAAUGACUUCCACUUUGAGGAUUUCCAACCUGAGGCUUUCAUAAAGGCUGCUGGUGCAGUGCAGUGAAAUUUCCCUGCUGUUGCUGCGCCUGGAGGGUCGGCACGUGCGGUAUCCACAGUAAAAAAUUCCCCGUACACGUUGUACAAAUGCGGUCUCCGCAUCACAAAAGUUGGUUUCGAUUCUAGUUUUUAAUAGCAUGACAAGUUUUAAUAUUACGCUUCAAAUUGGUACUAGAAUUUGUGAUGCAUCUUGUACAUGUACGGGAAAUAAAUUUGUAUUGCAUAUGCGGCCAGAAGACCUGCAUCAAAGCUUGGCAGUCUGAGGAGUACGACGGGGAGGUGGAUGGCACAACUUGUACGUGUAUCAAAUGCAAAUAUGUCUUGAGCUGGAAGGUUGGAACUUGUAAUGCUGUCUGCGGAUUCUAAAAAUAUCUGCGUUGCAUGAGCAGCAAGAGGACUCAGUUCUUGGCACGCGGAGAGGGCCGCGUUUCUCAUGCGUAAUUAGCAUCAAGAGGCUCUCAAAAAAUAUGUGUUGCUAGCACCAGCAUCACAGACCUCACGGGUCAUGCAAAAUGUGCAUGACAAACCUUCCACUCUUCCAGACCCGCCAGACAUAUUUGCAAUCCAUAACGUGCGGAGGGAAGCGCGGCCUGUACGUAUACGUGCGGAAGGAGGAUGGAAGCACCGAGUGCGUGCCAGCAAAAGUUCUGGGACGUCGCCACACCAUGACCUCGCCGUCGGCGUCUGGUCACGAGGGAGGGGUGGCUCCACCGCAGCAGGUGACCAUGCGAGGAGAAGAUGAAGAACAUGGGGGGCGCAGCGGCAGCGGCAGCGGCAGCGGACCUGCCUCGUCCUCUACUUCCAGGAGAGUUGGCG